GUCCCAUGGGGCUUGGAUGUGGACUCCUGGGUGAUGCUGGAAGGCCUCAUUCUGAAGCAAAGCAAAGGAUUUCACGUGGAAUUUGCUUAUGGGCAGUUCAAUGGGGCCAACAUCCCCCUGAAAUUCAAACUCCACUUCGAGAGGACCCCAGCUUCUUCCACCAGCCCCAUCCUGACUCUGAACAGCUUUGUAAAUCAACAAUGGGGGAAAGAGAUCCAGAUGGCAACUCACCUCCAGCAAGGCCAAAGAUUCAAGCUUUCUUUCAUCGUCACCAGCAAAGGUUACAAGAUAAUGGAGAAUGACAUUUUGCUUUCCGAAUUUGACCAUCGCCUUUCACCCACGGCCGUCCGUUUCCUGGGAAUGGACGGGGACAUCAAGCUGGAGAAGGUGGUCUUCAGUUGGGAGAGGAACAGUGGAACCAGGAAUCCUAGGUUUGGUGAAGACUGACAAGAGGAA